GGAACCAUCCUUGUCUCCUCUUCUGCUUAUAAAUAAUAUAAGAUCACAUGCAUUCCAUUCACCUCACUCUCCAAAAGGUCCUAAAAAAUCUCUUCUCGAGAUACUAUACAUGCUACAACUAUAGAUAACCAGUAUGUCCUCCAACACCUUCAAGUACUCCAUCAAAGCAUAUCCUUCUUCCCUCCUCUUCAGACAAAACUCAAAGAAGUCUAGAGCUCGCCUCUCGCAUACCGCAAGGAUGAGGAGGUUGCGCAGGAGAAGAGAAAGUAGGAAGGAAGAGGAUCAGGAAGAGCGACGCAAGAUGGAAGCAAAGAUGGAGUUGGUGAACCUAAAGCUUUACUUGGAGAACCGAUGCAUCAUGGAGGAGAACGAGAGGUUGAGGAAGAAAGCUCUCCUCCUCCGCCAAGAGAACCAGGCUUUGCUCUCCCACCUCCUCGUCACCAACUUCGCCAGCCCCACCACCACCACAACCCUUCACAGCUAAAUGAUGGGCUUCUCUUCCAACUUCUGAUUUAUGGAUAUAUGUGUUCUUCCUUCUUGUUUGCUGUUCUCUUUGAUAUUAUGUAUGCAUAAUAAGUUUUUUAACUACUAGGAGUCACUGUGAGACUUUGAGGUGUAUUAAUUGUUUACUUUAGAAAUUACCGAAAAGCAUGUAAACCGUCAGUUUGGAAGGUUUGUGAUGUUGAAG